AUGGACCCUUGGCAGCCGUCACUGCCAGGCGCGGGCGCUCAGCGCGCUGUUUUGAUCCUGCAGUUGUACAUGCGGAUGGGGCACUACAGUCCGCUUUCUAUCCUGGUAGCAGAUACUUUGUGCCUGACGUUUAAGGCAGCUGGGGCAACGGUGAGUGAGCUUGGCGCGUACUUGGGACUCUCACCAGACCGUGUGGAGAUCGGUAUCGAAGGGAUGCCAAAGGAGUUGUACUGCACCUCGGCUGAGCUCCGUCAGAAUGCUACAAGUGGGGAGUAUGAGGAAAAAAAUACCGGUAAAAAACGAAGCCGUCAGGAGGCUACAGAGGAGAACACACUUCGCUACUAUAUUAAUUAUGCCACGUUGUUGCCGUUUGCGUUCGCCCAUGGCAGUCAUAUGCUUUUGGCGCUUUGCCAGUUACCUCGUCCGCAGUGUGCGACCAACGACAGUAUAAGUGGCGAACACAUUUCUCUGAACGUGUCAGCAACACUUCGACGCUCAGAUUUUAGACGAGGUCUCUGUUGUGUUUCGUGUCGCUACUGGAUGGCGCUGAAGGACUUGCGAUCGACCAUUUCACGUUGCCCACUUUGUCAUACAGAUAUACUGGGCGGUGUGCUACGCGCUAUAUAUGCCCGCUAUGAAGAGAAACUGGCUAGUGGCCAGUCGUUGCUUUCUUUUGGCCCCGUACAACAGCGCCCCACCACCAUCACAACCACCACAACAACAACCAGCAAAAAUAACAACAGUAGUUGCAGGGCGAUGGAGGCGGCUCAAGGAGAUUCCUCGAAAAUGUCUGUUGGUGAAGCUGCAGACUACCCGCUAGCACGCGAUCCUUUCCUUGUGCAACAGGGGCUUUUUUUUCAGCUGCUUUUUUCACAUCCAUUUGUACGCGUUAACGAUGCACCGUUUGUGGUGGAUGAAGAUGAGGUGAUGACGAAGGAGGAAUACGACCAUCGAUUGAAGCAUAGGGCGACGGUGCUUGAUCAGUUUCGUCUUGUGCACCGUAACGCAGCGGCUAUAAGGGUGAAACGUGUGGAUCAGCAAAAGUUGGACGCCGAGAAAUGCAGGGAGAGUACCAUGAAGGUAGUGAAACGUGGUCAACUUCCACCCUGGUUGCGGCCCGUGUCUGUGUUCCAGGAGGGCGAAGUGCCACUGCCGCCAGCGACAAGGAGGGAACAACUUUUCGCCGAUAACGUAGAGUUUACAUUGGUAAAAGAAACAAAACGCGGUGCCGAUAUUACAGCUACCGCAAGGUACACCGCACAGGAGUUUUUCGAUGACGACUAUGACGAGGUGCCGCUUUGUAAACUGUCCACAGGGUGA